AUAACAACUGCCGUUCACGGGCCCAUUGAAAUGGUUACCUGGUCAACUAGCUCAUUCUUUUCUAGAAAAGAAAAAAUCCCCACUGCAAACACUCGUUGAUCAUUUCACAUGCACAAUUAAAUACAAAGUCCUUCGUCGCAUUCUUCAUUGGAUACGCAAAGACUGUGCAUCUCCAGAGAUCAUUCAUUCUCGUGCAAUUGCAAUUAUCGCCUUCAAUAUUCACUCCUACAAUACUUCACAGCACUUUGUAACGCAUCGCCUGUUGUUGAAUUCUGCCAACCACUGUCAACUCUGCAAUAUUGUCGGCUUGAUUAUCUCCCACCUGCCAAUUUUGCUACGCAUUCCUCAGCACGAUCCGCUCUCCUCCCGCGAACACGCCUUACGAUCUUGCAGUUUUGCAAUAAACAACAGACAACUUUACUAGUCAAUAUUCACGCAGUUAACACAAUGGGUUCUGCUCUGUCCGAGAAGGAUGUUAAUGUCCCCGUCCAGACCCAGGACGCUACUACUGCCAACAAUAACGGCAAACCCGCUGGUGCCAAGGCUCUAGAAUACCAUCGUCAGAUGCUCCAGUCCAAGAUGGCCGACGAGAAGUACGGCCUCAUUAGUCCUACACCCAUCACCAACUACACCAAUCCUGCUGGCAUCCCUAGCAAUGCUGUGGCUCCUCCCAUGCAGAAUCCCCAGAGUCUCAUCAUUGCUAACAUGAGCCCCGCCAACAACAGACAGCAGCAGUACAUCUCGCCUUCUGACAGCAUCAUGAGCCCCGCUACCGCCAAGUUGAACGCUUUCAAGGGCCGAGUCGCCGGCCGUGUCAAGCCCAAGUCGCUCUUCGCCCAGACUUCCGCCAAGAAGUUCGACACCAACGACGUCUUCGGCUCUAAGAACGCUAAGGGCGCUCAGGAUUCCAAGGACGACAAGGACCCCCCGACCGAGGACCAGUCCCGACCUACCCAGUAGAUACAUCCUACUGUUCCCUUUGGUGCCUUCGGUUUACUGGACGGUGUUCUGAGUUAUUCUCUUCUGGUCGAUGAUUUGACUUUGUCUCUUGCGUUAUGGCGGUACAGGGACGUGCAAUGGCGUUGGUGGAAGGGAGUUAGCUCUUGGGUCAUGAACAGGGGAUCCCUUCUUAAGAUGUAACAUAGGAGGGACUCGAUGCUUUGAUAAUUCAGCAUCAUGAAUGAAUCACGAAACUAAAACAUAGGUUGCCUUCCUAU